UGUUACUUGUCAGAAAGUGAAUGUUUGGCGCUUUAAUGUUAUUGUGGAGUUCAGAAUUCAGUUUUUUUAUUUUCUAAAUGAAGAUUUUGUAAUGUAAAGAUGCCGGCGUUUUUAAAGUAUAUUGAUAUGGAAAAUUUCAAGUCCUAUCGGGGUCAGCACCGUAUAGGACCUCUGAAAUCUUUUACUGCUGUAGUUGGGCCGAAUGGUUCAGGAAAAUCAAAUUUCAUGGAUGCUGUAAGUUUUGUUAUGGGGGAAAAAACUUCUCUACUCCGAGUAAAACGGCUCAGUGAUUUAAUACAUGGUGCUUCUAUCAACAAACCUGUAUCAAGAAGUGCAUCUGUAACAGCAACAUUUGUGCUGGAGGACAUGACUACAAAGCAGUUUCAGAGAUCUGUGAUUGGACAAUCCUCCGACCAUAAGAUUGAUGGACAGUCUGUGUCAGUGAGCCAGUACCUGAGUGAGCUGGAGAAGCUCGGUAUUAAUGUGAAGGCCAAGAACUUCUUGGUAUUCCAAGGGGCUGUUGAGUCUAUUGCUAUGAAAAACCCUAAAGAGAGAACUGCACUCUUUGAAGAAAUUAGCGGAUCUGGAGUGCUAAAGGAGCAAUAUGAAGCAUGUAGAGCAGAAGUAAACCGAGCAGACGAGGAGGCACAGUUCUCAUACCAGAAGAAGAAAGGAGUUGCUGCAGAACGGAAAGAGGCGAAGUUCGAGAAAGAGGAAGCGGAAAAAUAUACACGACUUAAACAAGAGCUGCAAGAACAAAAAGUAGAACUUCAAUUAUUUCACUUAUAUCACAAUGAGAAGGAGAUCCAAAACUUUGAGGAGGAGUUGCAGCACAAGCAGAACGAGCUGACUAAAGUGGAGAAGAAACGGCAGAAGGCAGAGGAUGCCCUCAAAGAGAAGAAGAAGGAAGCGGGCACCGUGCAGAGGGAACUUGCUAAAAUUGAACAAGACAUUAGAGAAGUGGAAGCAGAAGUAUCGAAGAAGCGGCCGACCUUCAUAAAGGCGAAGGAGCGCGUGACGCACACGCAGAAGAAGCUGGAGAGCGCGCUGAAGACGCUGGAGCAGGCGCGCAAGGCGCACGAGGCGCACCAGGCCGACAUCCGCAAGCUGGAGGACGAGCUGCGCCAGGUGGAGGAGCAGCUCGCAGACGACGACGUCGCCGCGGCUCGCAAGGACCAAGCCAACAUACAAAAGGAUAUUCAAAGCAUACAGAAACAGAUCUCCAGCUUAGAAUCUAAAAUAGAGAGCAAACGCAGCGACCGACACAAUAUUUUACGCCAGUGUAAGAUUGACGAUAUAAUAAUACCGUUGCUGGAGGGCAGCCUGGACGACACCGCGGACACGGAGUCGGAGCAGUCGUCGCUGUCCACCACGCAGCAGUACCGCCGCGACUCCAGGAUCCGCGUGGACUACAGCAGUCUGUCGGAGGCGCUGCAGGAGCUGGAGGAGGCGGACGAGGUGAAGCGCAAGGCGGACAAGCUGCAGAAGAACAUCAACACGCUGCAGAACACCGUCGACAAGAUACAGGCGCCCAACAUGCGGGCGAUGCAAAAAUUGAACGAAGUCCGUGAGAAGGUGAACGCAACCAACGAGGCGUUUGUCGCAGCAAGGAAGCGCGCGCACAAAGCCAAGCUCGCCUUCGAGAAGGUGAAGAAGGAGCGCCACGACAAGUUCAUGGACUGCUUCGAGCACGUCGCCAACGAGAUAGACGCUAUAUACAAGGCGCUGGCGAUGAACCAGUCGGCGCAGGCGUUCCUCGGCCCCGAGAACCCCGAGGAGCCGUACCUGGACGGCAUCAACUACAACUGCGUGGCGCCCGGCAAGCGCUUCCAGCCCAUGUCCAACCUCUCCGGCGGCGAGAAGACCGUCGCCGCGCUCGCGCUGCUCUUCGCCAUACACAGCUACCAGCCGGCGCCGUUCUUCCUGCUGGACGAGAUCGACGCGGCGCUGGACAACACCAACAUCGGCAAAGUGGCCUCCUACAUCCGCUCCAAGAAGGGCAGCCUCCAGACCAUCGUCAUCUCGCUCAAGGAGGAGUUCUACGGCUGCGCUGACGCGCUCAUCGGCAUCUGCUCCGAGCCGGCAGACUGCCUCGUCAGCGACGUGUACACGCUGAGUCUGGAGCACUACCAGCUGUAAGGAUAUUCAGCACACAGACUGCGUGCCGCCUGACAACUCUAUGAUAAUUUUAUGACAUUUUAACUAAAAUAUAAUUAAUUUGUAAGUUCA